AUUAUAGAAGAAAAUAUUUCAUUGAUGGCGUAGAAUUUCUACAGUAGGUAGUGAGUUACUUAUUGUACGCUAAAUUAAUAAACGAGUAGGUACUUCAUCAAACAGUAGUUAAGAGUUUCGUUAUUAGGAUAAAAGAAUUUGGAUAUUUGUGUUAUAGGUCUAGUAAUUUUGUGAAGAGCAGCAAUCAUGCGAGGGGAAUUGUAUUUGCCAUUGGCACUUCUAUUUUUAUCCAGUGGACUUUCCUCAAAUGCGCAAAACGCGGAGGGCGGCGCGGAGGAGGGCGCGGAGGCGAGCGCGGCGGACGGCGAGCCCGUGCUGUACUUCGAGCGCGUCAUCGAGCUCAACUGCACCAACCCCAACCUGCCCAAGGACACCUACCACUGGACUAAGAACAAUACCGAGGUGUCGCAGCUGAAGGACAAGCGGUUCCAGCUGCUGGAGGGCGACGCCGUGCUGCGCGUGAAGCCGGCGCACGAGCUGGACUUCGGCAACUACUCGUGCGCGUCCCGCGGCGGGCACGCGCUCUCGUGGCGCGUGUGGGGCCGCCCGCACGCCAAGCUGGCCGCCGACACCAACGUCGUGGAGGGCCAGAAGCUGAAGCUGUCGUGCAAGGUGGUCGGCAAGCCGGCGCCCGCCGUCUCGUGGCGGUUCCGCAACGGCUCGGAGGGCGCCGAGCUGCCGCUGGAGGAGGGCGCGCUGGACGGCCGCGUCAGCUUCGAGGACGCGGACGGCGUGCCGGCCAGCGUGCUGGUGCUGGCGGACGCGCGGCGCGCCGACGCGGGCGCGUACUCGUGCGUGCCGGGCGCCGCGGGCGUCAACGCGACCACGACGCUGCGCGUGAAGGACAUGUACGCCGCGCUGUGGCCCUUCCUCGGCAUCUGCGCCGAGGUGUUCGUGCUGUGCGCCAUCAUCCUGGUGUACGAGAAGCGCCGCACCAAGCCCGAGCUGGACGACUCCGACACCGACAACCACGACCAGUAAAUGGCGGAUGCGCUGCUGGAAAUACCUCCUUUAUUUCUAUUAACCCAAUCAUUGUUUUUAUUAACUUUAAGAGUAAUUCCAUCGCAAAAAAAAGAGAUAAGGACGCGAUAGGCGCCUCGGGUCGCCGCGACCUCGACCUGCCCUCAUCCUCAUACUACUAAUCUUGUUUGAAGUGUCGACGUUUUAAAGUAAAUUAGCUAAAUAAUUGUGAUUAUAUUUUACUUAAAGGUUCGCUCCCAUUGCUCGUAUAACAUGCAAGAAUUAAAUCAAUUGUAACAUGUUGCAUUGACAAUGAGAGAAUAACUAGCCUGUUUAAAGCAAUUUAAAACGAUUUUAUUUUUUAUCUUUUGUAUUCGUUAUAAUUAUGACUUGGAAGCUAUGUUAAUACUAGAAAGAUUUUAUUAAAUGUGUUACUUAUUAUAAUUGUAAAAUAAGUUAUUCAUAGUAGUUGUAACAUUGUAAGUAUGUUAGUACUGAAGUGUUCGGCGGUCGUGCGCGGCCGCCGCGCCUCACUGCCUGUAGUCAUGUGCCUCGUGCUUUCAGUUUCGUACUCAAUAAAACACAUUAUGUUAAUUAAAA